AAAUAUCAGUCAGUUUGUGUUGCUUAUUGUCUGCUUGUGUGUCCAGAGAGCACCAGAUCCAGACAGCAGCAUCAGAAGGAACAGAGAGCAGACAGAUCCAGAGAGAGGAGGCCCCCCAGACCUGUGAGGAAGGUCCACAGAGCGGCCCCUUCCUCUGAAACAACCGCCAAACCAGUGAUCAGCCCUGCGUCGUGGAGGGACGGACAGAAGCUGGUGAAGAUGGUUCUGGGUCCGGUUCCCAAGCUGCCCCGAGAGGAGGAGCUGCCAGCUGACAGACUGAGCAGAGCAG